AUGGCGAUCGCCUCGGGCCCAGGAGCCUGCCGCGUGGACGGCGAGGCGCGGAGCAUGUGCGACGUGCCGACGCCCAGGUGCCCCAUCGACUUCUGCAUUGCCCUGCUGGAGCACCUGGCGCUUCCGGUCCAGGCCACGCCCGAGGCCAUCAGCAUGGUGACAACCGACGUGGUCAUCCAGCUGGCGCCCUCUGGUCACACUCCAAACCACGGCUCCGACAUCGCCAUGGACUCUGACGACAGUGGGACGCCCGAGGCACCCAUGAGCGCGGAGCCCGCCUCGCCGCACGCGAUCUUGAGCGGCGACCUUGCCGGCCCAGGUCCCUCUCAGACUCCCGUGCAGACGCUGACCGAGGCGGUGCUCCCGCUGUACGUUUUCGGCAGCAGCAGCACCACCACCGGCACCUUCAAGGCCUCUGGCGACGGUGUGCUGCAUGGGGUGCACAUGUGCGAGAGCUUCGCCCUGCCGUACGUCACCUGGAAUGCGUGCCUUUCUCAGUCCAGGCAGGACGAAGCAUUGCGCUCCGACAGGGGUGGUUCUUCAGGACAGCGCGAGGGCAGUCAGCAGCGCCGCCGCGCCCAGCACGACAGCAGCCGGCAGCACUGCAGCCAGCUACACGGCAGCAGACAGCAGUCAUACCGCAGCACCCCCAAUGCUGGCCUGCAGCGGUGCCACGGCCCGCGUGACCAGCUGGCGCACGACGUGGGCACCCUGGUGGCGUUCUCGCUGGACGCUUCUGGUUGCACCGCCCUUACUGGCAGCAGCUUCGGCGGCAGCGCGGGGCUGACGGCUACCAUCGGCGCGGACUGGGGGCUGCCGCGCGCAACUUUGCGCUUGCUGGACAGCCUCCCCGAGCGCGGCUACUCAUUCAUCCUCGCGCUGGAGCGCGAGAUCGGGCGCAGAGGCCUCGAGACGAAGUACUGCAGCGCCGUCGAGGGCCAUCGUGACGGCAGUUCACAAGAGCACAGUAGCCAGCAGCGCAAUCACAACUCGCACGGCAUUCCCGCUUUGACCUGCACGACGGCCGCGCGCGGCGGUGGCCCGGAGCACCGCGGUGAACCGAACAGCAGCCAGGGAGACAGCGGCGACCACAAGGCCCAAGGAGACCCGCUCAGCAGCAUCUCGCAUAGGCCACUUGACCGAGUCGACAGUGGCCAGCAGCACCACCGCUCCCAGCGCGACGACAAACUUUCACAACACGACUCUGUUGUGCUGGGCGCGAUCCCCGUUGCGCUGGGCCUGAUCUCCGUGCCGUCGCAGGUUCAUCGCUUCCGCAUCGAGCACGAUGCUCACGAUUUGCUCGACUUGUACGACGACCGUCAGAUUCCGCCGGGCUGCGCUAUACUGUCCGCGAGGGCCAGCAGCAUCGACGCCAGGCUGGCAGCUCCCGUCGGCACGGACUGGUCGCUGCCGCGUGCCAUUCUGCGCCUCGAUCUUCACGGCCCCAGUCGCACGGAUCGCUUGCUGGACAGCCUCUCCGAGCGCAGCUACCCAUUCACUAUCGCGCCGGAGCGCGAGUUCGUGCGCAGAAGCUUGGAGAAGAAUUGCUGCAGCGCACGCGAGGAACAUAGCGACGGCAGUCCGCAGCAACACGGCAGCCAGCAGCGUCAUCACGACUCGCACGCCAUCCCCGAUCCGACCUGCGCGACGGCCAUGCGCAGCGGUACGCACCACCGUGGAAGACUCAACCCCGGCGACAUGGAGGUCUUCGUGACGACUCCGAAGGGCACCCUCACCCUCAGCAUUUGGAGCAGCACUACGGUCGGCCACAUACGGGCCCUGAUUCGGGGCAGACGGGGCACCCAUCUCGCCAAGCAGCGCUUAAUCUUCGCUGGGAAGCAACUGCAAGAUGGCGACAUGGUGUCGGAUUACGGCAUCCAGAAGGGGUCGACAUUGGACCUGGUCUCGCGCCUGCGCGGAGGCAUGCCCGCCGCCGCGGAGGCCGCUUCAGCGGCCAGCAGCCCACAAGCAACGGACCGUGACCGCCCAGAGCAGGAGGCCACCCUGCCGGCGACGCCGGAGCGGCUGACGACGCGCGCGAGGCGCGAGCAGUACGAGCUGGCGCCUGCUCCAGCGCCUAGCCACGCCAGCGAUACCGGACGGACCCGCUGCACGGGCACGCCCGGCAGGGGCUGCAGCCAGCGUGGACGAGGAGCCGCCUUGGUGGCCAGCCUCUUCGACAUUGCCCGUUCCGGCUCAGAUGAGCAGCCCGCAGCCCAGCGGCAGGAGCCGCCUCGCUCCUCCAGGCGACCACCCGGCCGGGCCACCGCGCCUGCAGUGCAGUGGUGGUUCGACGGGCUACGCACCACCGUCGCCUCCAUCCGGCGGGCUGGAGCGGUCCGGCCAGAUUUCACGUGGAGCAGCCUCACGAACCCCCUCAUCUGGGGCACGGUCCACGAGGACGAUUUCCAGAUCUUGGUGCACCAAUGCAGGGAGAUGGACAUGGGCACGGAUGGCGUACGACGAGUGCGCGCUUGGUGGAACCAAAGGGGGGUGGACAACUUGGUCUCCGCGCACCGCGUGCUCUGCGCUCUAGCGGCCUUGCACGGCCCGUGGGCGACCUACCAGGGCGAACGUCGGCCUGUCAGGGCCCCCGACCACCCAGGCGCUUACAUCCCCGACGUGCUGCAGGAGAUCGUGAUGGCCGAAGCCCGCGCGGGCGACCUCGCCAUGAUGGAGGCGUUCCAUCCAGCUUCCGACUUGCGGCGCGAGGCCCAUGGAGCCCACGCGGCCCUGCCAGCCCCUCCGGACUUUCAGCGGCCAUUGGUGCAGACGCGCCGGGAGCUGCGGCCUAUCGACGUCACGGAUGUCGCAGCGGACGGAGAUGAGCGGCUCACUGAUGGGGCUUGGGGAGGUCCGCAGGUGUUGGCAAUCGAUUCCGACUCGGACGAGGACGCCCUGAACGACGCCGAGCUCCGGCAGCUUCCGCCAGAGAUGCAGGUCCAAGAGCCUAACCCGGCAGCGGCUCGGGCGCGCAGCCAGAUGCUCACGGACGCCUCGGUGGACAACGCGAGGGCGGCCGAAAUCACCAGACUCCUAUCUGGUGAGGCAGGCGAGGCCCCCUUGCUGGCGCGAGGCACCACCGACAUAGCCUCUUGGCUCGCGCAGGCCAUUUGGGUAACCUUGCCGUGCCACUUGUCCCAGCAGCUCCUCCCGGCCCUCGUGCGGUCGGCGACCAACGCCCAGCCCUUCCGGGAUCUGGCGGAGUGGUUCGCCGAGCAAGGGUGCUUCACCCCAGCCGGGCUCGCGCGAAUGUUGAGCGCGGUCUCGCGGAUCCAGGUCGAGCCCUACGACCCGCUGUGCCCUGGCCAGAUCGCGGAGUUGCUUCAGACGACGUAUCUCGAUCUCGACUUAUUCACGGCUCUGUCGGCGGGGCAGACCGCCCUACGGCGGCACCAAGCUUCCACCAGCGAAGAGGCGGGCACAAGCCUGGCGCGAGGGAACGAGCACUGCACGGUCUGCCUGGAGCCCUUUGGCGACGGCGAUGGUACGAGAUGGCCGGGGUGCGGGCACCGCAUGCACGCCGCUUGCAUGCAGGAGUGGCGGAGGCAGCGAGCAGGCGUUCCACCGCCGCCGCGCGUCCGACCGCACGAAUGGUUCCCUGUGUAUUGCCCCGCCUGCCGUUUGCCAUGGGCUGAGCUUGACGGCGACCCGCCGAUGCCAGACGCGGCAGCAUCACAGCCGGAACCCUCAGCCGCCCGCGACGAGGAUGGGCUGGCAUUCCCCGAAUCUCGGGCAGUUGCGAACGAGGCAGGUCAGGGCGGCGUCGCCCAGCGUGCAGCAGCCGCGGAGUCGAGCAACGACCACGACCAGGCGGCGACGAGCGGCCUGGAGACCUCCCCCGUAGCGGCAGGCAGAUCGUCCGGCGACUCCAUGGACGACCGCCUGCCUGGCGCGCAUCCGACGGCCCAGGGGUCCAGAGGUCCGGCGUCGGAGCCAGCGCUAGUAGCAGACCUGGGCGGCGACGGCAUCACGGCCACCGACAGUGUGGCGCCAGCAAUCCCGACGGGCCCCGAACCGGGGACAGCUGCUGCAUCGCCUGCCGCCGCCGCGGCCCUCAGAGACGUGGAGCAAGGUGGCACGAGCCCCUACAUGGUCGUGGCUGCGGGCACCCACGCGCUCGUGGGCACGCGGGACGGGGACGCCCUCGACGUACCAUGCCUGGAGGACGGCAGGGACGCAUACUACGCUGCCGCAGCUGGUCUGCCGAGCUCCGACAGCGCGGCAGCCGACGACCUCCCCCCGGCGUUGCUGGCCAUAGGAUUACGCCACGACGGCCUCCAGGCUCUGCGGGCCGCGCUGGCCGCUGCCGACCGAGCGGUGGACAUCCUCGCUAUCGCUUGCCGGCGGACUGCCUCGCCGGGCGUAGCAACGGGCACGGACUUGUGUCUUCUGGCGCAUGCCGAGUGGGGAGCCCGGAACCUCGCGAUGGCAGCCCAUUUGACAGCGGUCGGACAGCCGCUGACAGAUCGCGGCCGCGCCGUGCAGUGCUUCGCCCUCCAGGUGCCCUUGCGCCCCGAGCCAGCCCGCCCUCCUGUGGAGACGAUCGUGACUUGGGCCGGAGCGGCCGAGCUGGCCAGCGAAUGCCUGCACAUCCUACUCCACGAAGGCCUGGACCCGCACGUGCACGCGGCCCUCCUUCGCUUCCAGGCUGCGACCAGGGCGCGUGGCCUGAGUAUGGAGUGGGCCACCGAAUCCCUCAGACCCGGAAGCGAUCCACACCAGGCGGGGUCCCACGUGGCGCCACUCCUUUACCACGCAAUCCGUGUCACGUCAGCGCCAGCGGCCCCAGACAUCGCAACUUUGGGAAGUGCUCUCGCAGCCAUCCAGCACCAGGGCUUCACCUUGACUUGGUGGCGGGAUCGAGAUACGCACCAUGCCGUGCACAUCCCGAUGGCCCGCGGCAGCAUCCCAGCAGCGGUGGCCGCAGCGGAGGAGCCCGCUCUCCAGAUGGGUGGCCGCGUCGCAGCGCGGAUCGAUGGGCUGUUACUGCUGGACCUCCUCCCAGCAGUCACGGAGGGCGUGGUCCGUGCGGCACAGCUUGACCAGUGGAUUUCCCCGGCCGCGCCGGCCAGCCGCAUCCUCUGGGCUGGUGACGCCCACAGGCCGCGGGGGUUCCUCUCCACUACGGGGCCGACGGCAGGCCAUGAUCUUCUCUGGCUGGUGGUCACCAGAAACCAGGUCUCCGACGGGGACGUCGCGCGCCGCCUGCAGGACCCACUGGCGCACCCCGUCCACGUCUCGACAGUCAACGCCCUGGACCCAUCCACCGACAGGUUCGACAACAUGAGCCUUGUUCGGGUCGCGGCGCCUGCGGCCGACCGCAUGCGCAUCCAGGUGGGGAGCAGCGGCCAAGUGACGGUUGCCGGGGUGCCUUGCCGGGCGUUUCCUUUUGGAUCGACCCGCAUUCGGACGCAAGGUCACCGCGCCCCGCGCACGCCUGACGCGAUUCGCCAGCUCUUGGCGGCCGCGUCGCGCCCAGGCGCCGCGGCUGGAGGGCGCUCCACCACUUUCUCGCAGGUGGCACAGAGGACGCCCCUCGAACCCUCGGGAGCCGCUCUUGGUCCGGCGGUGCCCCGGCUGCUGGAGUUCCGGACGGGCCCAUGGCCGUCGGGCGGCCAGGCAGAUGCGGACAGUUCGGCAGACGUCUGGACGCGCAUGCUCUUCCUCGGGACCGUGGUGCACGCGCGCCUCUGGGUGCCAGCGGAGCCCACCCGCCCAGCCUCCCGCCCCCCGCCGCUGCCGCUAGGAUGCCAGGACCACUUUUCGCAGACUCUCCACUCCUCUUUGGGGGCGGGGGCCGCCUUCCGGCAGGAGGGCGGGGUCUCGGGCCUCAAUGGCUGGAGCGACCACCUGCUUCCCGGCGAGCUCCUCCUCGUUCGCGUCGCCGCGGGGAGCCGCCUGCGCCUCCGCGCACCAGGGGAGGAGCUGUCGUGGACGCCUACGUUGCCAGCGUGGAUCGCGGUGGUGCACCCCGCCGAGGCUGACGGCCGGGCCGCGGCUCACCAACUCGAUGGAUUCCUGCACGGGGACGUGGAGCUGGCCGAUGGCCCUGUGUGGGUCGCCCGGCGCCCUCCCUCGGGCCCUGCGCUGGCGACCCGGCGAGCCGCGGCGGCGCCGCCGCCGGCAGCUGCAGCACCAGCUCCUACCGCCCCGCCUCGUGACCCCCGUACUUUCCGGGAGCGUUUACAGCACCUCGGAGAUCCACCAGCUCCACCAGGCCCUCUCCCGUCGGCGUUGGUGGACCCAGCCAGGGCGGCCGCCCGGCUCGCGCUUCAGCCAGUCGCGGACACGCCAGCGGCCCGAUAUGCGGAUCUCUUGGCGCAUUGGCUGGUGGCCCACAUCACGGCUUCCCAGCGCCCGCAACCCCCAAUCAGGUGGCAGUGGGCGAUGCUGAUCGUUGCUUGGCUGCUGGAGGUGUUGGGCAUCGCGCAGCUGUGGCAACAGGACGCCGGUGCCGCGGAGGACCUCCUCACGGAGCUCCAGAUUGGCAGUCCUGCCCGCCGGCGCCAGCCCUUCGAGCCGUGGCAGCACGGGCGGCGCGGCGUGAGGCCAGGCGUGCCGCUCCCAGGCAGCCGGGUGCAGGACGCCGCCAGCGCCCGCAGACACGGGCACACCAGCUACGCACUGUCAGCAGAGGCCAGCGCGGCCUUGGACGCUUUGGUUCACGCGACGCUCGCUGCCCAGGCACCUGGCGUGAGCCCAGCGGCGCCGGCGGCGCCAGCAGCGAGCGCCGCCGACGCGGCCGGGCAGGACGGGCCUGGAGGGACCAGUGGAAUGGACGUUGAUGGCGCCACCCUCGGCGCCCCCGUGCCCUCCACUGCGCAG